UUCAAGUACUCAUCCCAUUGCACUCAUAUCUGCAAUAUCUCCUAGGCUGAUCUCAAUCACCACCUGCUCUAUCUCCAUACAGGAUUGACGCGGAAAAUGGCAUCAGUCCAGUGUGAGAUGAAGGAUGUGCAACUCACUUUGGAGGAGAAAGCAUGUUUAGAUGAGAUGAUCAAGCAAGCUGAGCGUUCCUUGGAGCCUCAUGAACUGUUAGCGGGUGCUUUGAACAAUCAAACAGUGGGCCCCCUGAGCAUUGUGGCUACCAAGAUAUUUGCAGGACAGGUUGUCAGAAACUUCCCCAAUCCUCUUUGCAAUUUGGAUGGGUUCGCCAUGUCAGGCACGUUCGCGACAGGUGUCAAGGCUGCUGUGGUGUAUUCCGCCAAAAACAAAGCUGGUGUUGAAUGUGGAUGGCUCCUUGCUUUUAACGAUGCCAACAAUUCUGUUGGAGUGAGGGUAUUUGCUGAAUGUGGCCUUAAAGGUAAAUUCCGCAACAUCAAUUGGGCACAAGUUGAACAGAAACUGGAGAAAUCUGGGACAAUUGCUAAGGCGCAUGACUUGGAGACUGGAACCUCACUCUAUGCUGGCAUUUGUGGCCCUACCGGGAAAUCUGCUGCUGGUGCAGUAUUCCUUGGUUAAACAUGCUUGAGCAAUAAUGUACUAGAUCUGGUGGAGAAUUAAAUAUUGUAAUAAUGAUGCAACCGUGUUGCUAGUAGCGAUCAUGUGUGAUAUGCUACAUAUUGUACCUUUUAUUUUCAGUUCAUCUUUUUUUGCACUUUGUAAUAAAUAAGGGCCGGUUACACCUUAGUGUGCAGAGGCCAGAAGGGUUGGUAAUAAGAACUAGAUCCACCGGAUCAUUAUCUA